AUGUGGCGGUGGCCGGCGCUCUGCAGGAUGGAUGCGGAGGGUCGCUUCCGCUACUACUUCCAGCACCCGUGGUCACGCCUCCUCGUGGCCUACCUCGUCAUCUUCUUCAACUUCCUCAUCUUCGCCGAGGACCCCGUGUCACACAGUCAGACGGAGGCCCGCAUAGCCGUGGUGGGCCACUGCUUCUCCUUCCUCUUCAACAAGUACCCCGGGGGUGGCUGGAGCGUCCUUAAGGUGACGUGCUUCAUUCUGGCCAUUUUCGUGGGCCUCCUAGCCGGGAAGUUCAUAUUUCACCAACUGCUCUUUGGUCGAUACCUGCGCCUGAAAAUGUUCCGCGACGAUCACGGCUCCUGGAUGAUAAUGUUCUUCAGCACCAUCCUCUCCCUCUGCAUCUUCGCCAACCUCUACAACCUCAUCCUGCUGUCGGCUGGAAGCAUGGAGCAUUAUAUGAUAACUGAAGAGAUGGGCAUCAAGAACGAGACCUUCAUGAAGAUGGCUGCAGUGGGCACCUGGAUGGGGGACUUUGUCACUGCAUGGAUGGUGACAGACAUGAUGCUUCAGGAUCAUAACUAUCCAGAGUGGGGGAAAGCCGCCAGAAGGUUUUGGAAACGAGGCAAUCAUAGGAUUGUCCUCUUCUGGAUCGUGCUCUUCUCGCUGACGUCCGUGGUGAUUCUGGUCAUCCUCACAGACUGGAUCAGCUGGGACGUGCUGAACCAAGGCUUCCUGCCCAGCGAUGAGCUCUCCAGAGCCUUCCUGGCCUCCUUCAUCUUGGUCUUCGACCUGCUCAUUGUCAUGCAGGACUGGGACUUCCCUCACUUUAUGGAUAACAUGGAUUUGAAUCUGCCAGGCUUGCCCAUCGCACAUAUGCAGUUCCAGCUUCCUGUCUGCAAAAAACUGUUCAAAGAGGAGUACCGUAUUCACAUCACCGGCAAGUGGUUCAACUACGGCAUCAUCUUCCUGGUUCUCAUUCUGGACCUCAACAUGUGGAAGAACCAGAUCUUCUACUUGCCCUUCGAGUAUGGUCAGUAUGUGGCGCCUGACCAGAAGAUCCACAUCGUGAAUGACCCUGACGCACCCAGGAAGUUCAACAGCAGCACACUAACAUACAGUUGGCGCUUGAAGAACAAGGAUCCCGCCACCCAACUCCCUUACAUCAAUGGAGACAUGAUAAUGUACAGUCGCUACAUUGGCGCCGGCAUGAACACCAAGUUCAUGGCCUUCAUCCCAAGCCUUGGGGCGUUCGUCCUCUUCGGGUCAUUCAUCUCGCAGUUGGGGCGGUUCCAGAAAAGCGAGACCUGCCAAAAAGAACAGGACAAAAGCUACAAGAGGAUGAAGAAGAAAUCCCAGUCGGAAUACAACAAGGAGAUGGGCGCCACCCAUGAUGGGAAGGCUGAUGCCAUGACCGAUAGCCUCCAACCAUCGGAGACGCCUCCCUCGGCGAACUUGGCAAUCAGAGCGGAAACCCGAGAGACGCACCCGAACCUCGUGAUCGACCUCACGGCAGAGGAGGAACCGGAUGUCAUUUUUGUCGCCGAAGAACACACAAGUGAUCUUUGACCCGAUUCUGCAAGAGAGACGUGUAGCAUUUCUAUGAACAUUUUCCAACCAAAACUAUUCUGAUAUCACACAGCCAAUCUUUUCAAUAACUCGCUUUUCAUCAUUUCUCUACUUCUACUUUGGUGCCUUUCCUCCAGACCUGUUGCAGAUCCCCACGGCCCAUUCGGGAGGCGACAGUCGUGCCUUGAAAUUUCACAGUCUAUUCAUUCUACGGUUGCACUACACUGGAAGAUGUCCUGUUUAUAACCUGCUGCAUUUAUCUGACCUAUUUAUAGCAACGUAUCCUCCGAUUUCAGCGUCAACAUUAAAUGACGUGAAAUUUUCUACACCUUUGUUUGACAUAAAAGCAGACCACUCUCAACUGGACGUGGAACAGUCCAGGAAACGUUGAAAUUUGACAUGAAAGUCCAUCAAAUGGGAAAUAGGUCAAUAGAGUUUUGGCAGUGAUUCAUACGUUGUUUCCCUAGCAUUGCUACCUCAGUGCUCAUGUUGUAAGCUCCUCCUUGACAUUGUCAUGACAAUGAAAACGACUUUUCCUAAUUUCCCACAACGUUUGAUUCAGUUGAAAACAUUGUCAACGUUGUCUUUUGCAUGUAUUUGAUUUGCUUUUUCAAUAAAAGUAUCUUGUC